CAAAGUGCGUCAUUACUUCCGGUUCCGUGAAUUGAUGAGGAGGAAGCGAGCCGCGGCUCUGGCGGAUGCUACACCGUUAUUAGUGAUCAUUACAGCUUUGUUUUCCUCCGUAAGAUACUGAAAAAGAGAGGAGCGGUGCUGACCGGAUGGCGCUUGCGUUUCUCCGUUUCUGAGCAGUGUGUGAUGUUCGCGCUCGCGCUCGCGCUAAUCCCUGAGGUCGGCUCUCGGUGCGCGAGACGGAGACAGCUAACUGCGCGUUAAACGGCUCGCGCUGCUUUGCAGGCUCGGCGGAGAGAUGCCUGGAGGUGAACAGAUGUUUUGUGCACGUGCACACGACGGUAUAAACGGUGUGACGUCAGUUUCCUUUGAAGCGCGCUUGUUGAUCUGAUCUGAUCUGAUCUGAUUGCGGGUUUGUUUGUUUGUUUGUUUGUUUGACCAAAAAUGGAUGUGAAUGAGACCGAGGCGCGUGAGGGCGCGUGGACCCCGCUGCUGCUGUGGACCGGUUUGGCCGUGCUGCUCCCGGUGCUGAUCACGCUGUGGUGCAGUGCGCGGCGCUCGGAGCGCGCGGUGCGGCUCAAGGACCUGUCGCGCGCGAGCCGGCACAGCUGGCGCUACACCGACCUGUUCGGCAAGCCCACGUACUGCUGCGCGUGCGAGCUGCCCGUGCUGCACGGCGCCUUCUGCGACUGCUGCGGCGUGUGCGCGCACGAGGCGUGCGCGCGGGCCGCCGAGCGCGCGCUGGCCUGCAAGGAGAUCGCCGCGCCGGCGCACGCGGACGGAGGCUUCCGCCACCACUGGACGCGCGGGAACGUGCCGCUCGCGAGCUACUGCGCCGUGUGCAAGCAGCAGUGCGGCACGCAGCCCAAACUCUGCGACUACAGGUGUGUGUGGUGUCAGACGACGGUUCACGACGACUGCAAACCGGCUCUCGGCGAUGACGAGCGCUGCGAUUUGGGCGAGUUCCACUCCAUCAUCAUUCCUCCCUCGUACCUGUUCCAGCUGAACAAACUGCAGCGCAGACACCCAGAGGAGUACUGCAAGCUUGCAGCAGAGUGUGGAAGUGGGUGGAGCCCCCUGCUGGUACUCGCUAACACACGCAGUGGAAACAACAUGGGCGAAGAGCUGCUUGGAGAUUUUCGAUCCCUACUCAACCCAGUGCAGGUGUUUGAUCUGUCCGAGAUCGCUCCUGCUAAAGCCCUACAGCUGUGCACUCUGCUGCCCCCUGGCUGUGUGCGUGUGCUGGUGUGUGGAGGAGACGGUACAGUGGGUUGGGUGCUGGAUGCUAUCGAUGCCAUGAAACAGAAGGGUCAGGAUCAGUUCAUCCCCCGUGUGACCAUCCUCCCUCUCGGGACCGGGAACGACCUGUCGAACUCUCUGGGCUGGGGUUCGGGUUACGCCGGUGAGAUUCCUAUCGAGCAGGUGAUCAGGAACGUGCUGGAGGCUGAAGUGGUCAAGAUGGACAGGUGGAAAGUUCAAGUCGUCUCCAGAGGAAACUACUUCCGCAAGUCAAAGGUUUUGUCCAUGAAUAAUUAUUUCUCUGUGGGUCCAGACGCUCUGAUGGCCCUGAACUUCCACGCACACCGCGAAAAGACGCCGUCCUUCUUCUCCAGCCGCAUCAUCAACAAGGCGGUGUAUUUUCUCUACGGAACCAAAGACUGUCUGGUGCAGGAAUGUAAAGACUUGGACAAAAGGAUUGAGUUGGAGCUGGAUGGAGAGCGGGUGCCGUUGCCCAGUCUGGAGGGCAUCAUCGUGUGCAACAUCGGGUACUGGGGUGGAGGCUGCCGGCUGUGGGAGGGGAUGGGAGACGAGCCGUGUCCUCCAACACGGCUGGAUGAUGGACUGCUGGAGGUGGUCGGGGUAUUUGGAUCGUUCCAUUGCGCUCAGAUCCAGGUCAAACUCGCCAACCCUGUACGACUGGGCCAGGGACACACCGUGAGGCUGGUCCUGAAGAGCUCGCGCAUGCCGAUGCAGGUGGACGGAGAGCCGUGGGCUCAGGGUCCGUGCACCAUCACCAUCACACAUAAAACUCAGGCGCUCAUGCUGUACCACAGCGCCGAGCAGACCGACGAUGACGACGAUGAAGAGUCCAGCGCCUCGGACGCUGAAGCGCCGUCAGUAAAGAGCGUUCACGCUCCCGAGAAGAGCUCGGAAUCUCAGUGAGGCUUCGGCUGGCGGUCUGCUCCGGCUGCUUAAUUCAAAGCUGUUCAUUUUUUGCUGAAUGACAUUCACGAGGCUAUUUACAAAUUUACAGACCUGCCGACCUUCAUGCAUUUUGCGUAGCAGCUCCAGAGUUUUAACGUCAGACUACGCUAGUACGAGUAUUAUCACUUAAAAACGGCAGAUGAGCCAAUCGACAUAUGAAUCCGGAAUGAUUGACAGUUGCCUAGGCGUAGAUUUUGAACUCCCCGACAUUCACUGACCUUCUUAAAGCCCCGCCCCCUUUAUUAGUAAUUAGUGAUCUCUCGUACUGAUUGAAAGAUGACCGAAUCGUGUUUUGUGUUCAUUAAUGUGAAAGAAUAUCUAUUAAUGUAUGUUUGCGUUGCCUAACAAUAGAUACCAUCAAAUAUUUUCGGUCGAAAAUGGUUUAAAAAAACCCAGAAGAACCAUUUUGAGUGAAAAAAUAAAAAAAAACAAGAUUAAAAUGACCUCCAAUGAAGUGAAAAGCUAACAGUCUACUAAUAAUUUUAAUGGUAAUGAUAAUUAGAACGUGAUUAAAUCAGCGGAAACGUCAAUAUAUUCAGGGUUUACGUGCACAAUUUCUUAUUAAUUAUUGUACGUAAUAUAUUUUCUAGAAUGAAAAGAAAGUGUGCAUGUAAACAUUUCUAGUGUCUACUAUCGUAACUAAAACAGAAGAGCUGUACAUACGCACACUGCAUCUUCUACCUUACACAACUGAUUUGUGAUUCACUAACAUGCUAGUUUUUUAGGUUAGCCUGUUUACUUACAAGCUAGUUUAUUGGUUACAUGAUAAUUUUUAGUUUAGCCUCUUUGCUAACAUGCUAAUUUGUUGCUUACAUGCUAGUUUUUAGGUUGGUCUGUUUACUUAAAUUCUACUUUUUUGGUUACAUGCUAAUUUUUAGGUUAACCUGUUCACUUACAAGCUAGUUUGUUGUUUACAUGCUAGUUUUUAAGUUAGCUUGUUUACUUAAAUGCUAGUUUGUUGGUUAAAUGCUAAUUUUUAGGUUAGCCUGUCUACUUAAAUUCUAGUUUUUUGUUUACAUGCUAAUUUUUAGAUUAGCCUGUUUACUUACCAGCUAGUUUGUUGUUUACAUGCUAAUUUUUAGGCUAGCCUGUUUACUUACAAGCUAGUUUAUUGGUUACAUGAUAAUUUUUAGUUUAGCCUCUUUGCUAACAUGCUAAUUUGUUGCUUACACGCUAGUUUUUAGGUUGGUCUGUUUACUUAAAUUCUACUUUUUUGGUUACAUGCUAAUUUUUAGGUUAACCUGUUCACUUACAAGCUAGUUUGUUGUUUACAUGCUAGUUUUUAAGUUAGCCUGUUUACUUAAAUUCUAGUUUUUUUGGUUACAUGCUAAUUUUUAGGUUAACCUGUUUACUUACAAGCUAGUUUGUUGUUUACAUGCUAGUUUUUAAGUUAGCCUGUUUACUUAAAUGCUAGUUUGUUGGUUAAAUGCUAAUUUUUAGGUUAGCCUGUCUACUUAAAUUCUAGUUUUUUGGUUACAUGCUAAUUUUUAGGUUAGCCUGUUUACUUACAAGCUAGUUUGUUGUUUACAUGCUAGUUUUUAAGUUAGCCUGUUUACUUAAAUGCUAGUUUUUUGGUUACAUGCUAAUUUUUAGGUUAGCCUGUUCACUUACAAGCUAGUUUGUUUUUUACAUGCUAGUUUUUAGGUUAGCCUGUUUACUAACAUGCUAGUGCUCUAAUUAAAGUAUAAAGUAUAAAAUGGACUGCUCAUAUAUACAUGGUUUUAUGGUACCCAACAAAUGCCAAAUGUCUGUUUACAUGCACACUUUUAGGGAAAAAUAAACUUACAUAGAGUAAUUAAUCAGAAAUAAGAAAGUGUGUAUGUAAACAUUUGGUGGUUACCGUCUUACCCUGUGUAUAUGCACCUGCUUUUUUUUUUUUUCUUUUAAAGUGUGCAUUAUUUCCUCUUCGGGGUCGGCAGGUCUGCAUUAUCAGCACUGUUUCUGAAACACUGAACAUCGUUAUGAUGUCACGCCGUAUAAGCGAUGAUCACAUGCACUGAUAUUUGUCUCGUAAAAACUUGCUGCAGGAGUUUUUUUUUAAGCUUUGCAAGCGGUUUUGUGCAAUAAUAGCUUUACGCUUAGGGCCACAGGGCAGUCAGUUAUUAUAUAUUUAUUAUAUAUUUUAUAUACGUAGUCCUGUUUGUGUCACAUGACCUUCGUUCUGCGUUGUCAUCUACCUUUCUUCAUUUUUUUUUUUUUUUGGUCCUGAGAUUUUUUUUUUUCGUUUACAAUCUAAUGAGUUUAUGUGAAUUUUUAUACCACAAGAAAUACUUAAUAUUUUAGGACCAUUUACUCUAUUGUCCAAAUAACUGUAUUUAAAAGAAAUGACUAAUAUAUUAAUAAUUAAUCAUGUCUGCCAUGUUUCUGAGAAAAAAAAAAAAAAUCAUGACAUUUCUGAUAUACUGAUACUAUUUGACAUUAAUUAUAG